AUGCCUGCCGCCAUAGCUGACGCCCCGGCCGUUGCCAUGUCCUUUGCCAACAAUUUCUGGGGCAAGGACGAUGCUGGUGUCGGCCCCCUUCUGGAGCGAAUGAUAAAUUCGAAGCAGACCUGCGACGAGCUCAAGAACUUCUAUGGCGUCCGAGCUGCGAUCGAAGAUGAGUACUCCCGAAAGCUGCUGAACCUGAGCAAGAAGAACCUUGGGUCCCACGAAACCGGAACGUUGAAGGCUUCCCUGGACACGGUCCGCGGCGAGCUCGAGGCCAUGGCCAAGCAACACCAGAACAUUGCCGCGCAGAUGAAGACGGAGCUCGAAGAACCGCUGGCCGCGUUCGCGGGUGGGAUCAAGGAACGACGAAAGAUUAUUCAGAACACUGUCGAGAAGCUGCUCAAGGUCAAGAUCCAGCAGACGAACCAUGUCAACAAGACUCGAGACAAGUAUGAACAGGAAUGCUUGAAAAUUAAAGGUUAUCUCGCACAAGGCCACAUGGUCAUGGGCCAGGAAGAGCGGCGAAACAAGGCCAAGCUGGAGAAGACGCAAAUCAGCCUGGCGACCUCAAACACCGAGUACGAGAACGCUGUCAAGGUCUUGGAGGAAACCACCACUCGAUGGAACCGGGAGUGGAAGGCCGCUGCCGACAAAUUCCAGGAUCUCGAGGAAGAGCGGCUCGACUUCACCAAGAACAGCCUCUGGACCUUUGCCAACAUCGCCUCGACGGUGUGUGUCAGCGAUGACGCCUCUUGCGAGAAGAUUCGGCUCUCUCUCGAGAGCAUGGAUGUUGAGACUGACAUUAUUACUUUCAUCAAUGAGCGUGGCACAGGUCAAGAGAUUCCCGAGGCCCCCAAGUAUAUCAACUUCGUCCGUGGCGAUGUUCACGACGACCAAUCUGAGGCUUCCGAUGAUGACAACAAUUAUACCGUGGCGCAGUUUCCUCGGAGCAUCAACCCGGCCUUCCGCUCAUCGUCGCCCCAGCCUUCUACGUUCGAGUCUCACCAUGACCCCAACUCCCCGUUGGCAAACGAUUUGGCCCACAGACCUCCCCCCAAGCCCACUGGUCGUGAGGGCGCGGCAACUCCUCAGAAGAGCCCCCAGAAGUUGCUUCCUGCCGGGCGACCGUCCAUGGACGACCCCUAUCGCAAACAGCAACCUCCGAGUAUGGAUGAUCGAUAUCGAAAGCAGCCGCCGGCGGUUGAAGAUCAGUAUCGCCGACAGCAACAACCACCUGCUCCGGACGAUCAGUAUCGCCGACAGCUACCUCCUGCAGAGGAACAGCAACAGCAACCGCAUGGGAGGCAGCCACCUGCGGCUGAUGACCCAUAUCGUCGGCAGCAGCCCGGGGCCGAUGAUCAGUACCGGAGACCACCCCCGGGGGCAGAGGAUCAGUUUCGAAGGUCGCAGACGGGCUCACAGCCUCCUUCGCCAUACGACAAUCUGCACCAAUCUCCAAAGCCGACAACCCCCCAUGACCCUUAUCCAAAGGAUGGGAUGACGAUGCUGUGCCGCCCUGGGGCGCCAUCGGCCAGCAGCCCCCAGAUCCAGUCUGCGAGACCCUCUAGCCGAGAUUCCCGCAGCGAGUAUUCCGAUCCUACGUCGAUUUCCAGCCAGGAGCCCCAAGCCGGCAAAAUGUCUCCAGUCAAGCAGGAUGCACCGACCUCGUCAAGCCCCGAUAAGCGGAUGAUGAAGAAGAAGAGCGGCUUCUUCCAGAACCACAGCCCCUUCAGACGCAAGAGCACCAAGGAUUUGCAAGCUGCCGCCGCUGCCGGCAGUCCACAGCCCGGCAAUAGAAACACCUGGCACCCGUCUCAGUCUCAGUCUCAGACAUCGACCAGCCCUGUGCGUCGGCCUGCGCCCUAUGGCAACAGUGAGCCGCAGACUAGGAAUCUGCUCAAGGAACGGACCGCCAGCCCCGAGCCGAUCGAUGCGAACGCCAGUUUGGCUCUUGGUGUCGGUCAGAAUGUUCUGCCGGUGACGACGCCAGACACCAAUCGACAGAAGCCACAGCAGCCGGUUCAGAAGGCUGAGCCGGCCGACCCAAUCGCGGCCGCCUUGGCAGAACUCAAGAAUGUCAACGUGAAUAAGCAGGCCUCGGUGAGAAUGUCAGCGGACCACUAUCACGGCAUUUCCACCCCAGUUCCGACCAACGAUGCUGCUGCCAUGACGCGGGCCUUCCCAGCUCCUGGUAGCCAUGAUGCUGCUGCCGCCGCUCGCGGAACACCUCCGCCUUCGUAUCAAGCACAGACUCAGGUGACGAGACUGGGCGUUCCCCCUCCAGCUGUGACGUCCAGGGCCAUGAAGGAGGCUACCCAGAAGAUCACGGGCCAGGCAAGGAGCAUCUUUGGCGAUGAUGGGCGCCGGGGGUCCGUAAGCAACCCUGCGUCGCCAAUUUCCCGUCCUGGCACUCGAGGCAACGACGCGUCAGGCUCAGUUUCUCCAGGCGGCAACCGCGGCGCAUCCCCUCAACCUCAACGGCGAAUGAGCAACGAUCCUCGACAGAUGGGUCGAAACUCGGUGUCGCCAAACCCUUACAUCGACCACCGCCGAAACGGCUCUCAGGCCAGUCUGGCGCAGCAGAAUCAAGGAUAUUAUCGCGGAGCCUCGCCCCACGGAUCGACUCGAGGCUCGACCAGGGGUGCCUCGCCGAACCCAUAUCAAGGCGACUACAGCCAUUCUCCGAGCCGUCCGCAGAGCAGCUACGGCGGCUCUGAGAUGGCGAUGCAGCUGGCCGGCGAUGAUCGAUAUGGUUCGACAAGAAGCCGAAGCUCUAUGCGGCCCGGCUCUCGCGCCAUGGGCCUAUACGACGGAGGGCAUCAGCGAAGCAAGAGCGUCGCUGAUCCAUCUCGGCAGUAUAAUCGAGACGGGCGACCGAUUUUGCACAUGGCACGCGCAUUGUACAUGUAUCAGGCCGCUAUUCCCGAGGAACUUGGCUUCGCUAAAGGCGACUACCUAGCCGUCUUCCGUCAUCAGGAUGACGGUUGGUGGGAGGCAGAAGUCCAUGGCGGAAAUGGCCAAGUUGGGCUGGUCCCAAGCAACUACCUCCAGCCGUGCUGA